UAAACUUGAACAAAACCAGCAAUGGGUGCAAGAAUAGUUGUGGGUUUUGUGUCAAUAUUCCUCGUACUGUUCUCAGGUGUGUUGGGAUUUCCAGUUGAGAGAGGGAAAUCAUUAGCCAUAGUAAGGGAGAUCAACAGGAGAGGGCCAUAUCUUGGUCUCAUCACAGUUUAUCCACCUGAAGAGAAUGCUUUCUUUGCUUCUGGUGCCUUCAAGAACCACUCCAAAUACCCCUAUGUCGACCUCUCAGGACGACGAUUUCGAAUUGGGACAGUAGAAGGGAAGAACGUUAUCUAUGUGAGAUGUGGAGUUGGACUGGUGAAUGCUGCUGCUGCAACACAACAAAUGGUGGACCACUUCUACAUUAAAGGAUUGAUCCAUUUUGGGAUUUCUGGGAAUACAAACAGUUCCCUGUCCAUAGGAGAUGUCAGCAUUCCCAAGCAAUUUGCCAACACUGGCCUCUGGGAUUGGCUGAAACCAAAUGCGACAAUUCCAUCAAAUGAUGUUGCUCAAUUAGAUUUCGAGAACUAUAACGUCCCGAAAGAGGGAAAUAAUUCAUUAGGACGAAUUGGAUACAGCCCGGAGCAGUUCUAUUCUGAGGCUGGAGAGCCUAAUACUCCUCGACAAAUGCUUUGGUUUCAAGUGAGCAACAAUUGGCUUCAAUUAGCAACUAGUCUGGAGGGUAUGGAAUUGGAACAAUGUGUGAAUGCCACCCUGUGCCUUGAUAAUAAGCCCAGAGUUGUGGUUGGACUGAGCUCCACAGCCAACACUUUUCUUGACAAUGCUGCUUAUAGAGAUUUCAUCUUCCAAACUUUUGGGGUUUCAUCAGCUGACAUGGAGAGCACUGCAGUAGUAAUGACAAGCUUAUCGAACGGCUUCCCGGUGAUCGUCGUCCGUGGUUUGUCCGACCUAGCUGGAGCGCAAGACGGCGAAAAUUCCAUCAACUUGUUCGGGCCUCUUGCUGCUACAAACGUCGCGAAUGUUGUCGUCCAAUUCAUCAAGAAGUUGUCCGCAAACUCCUAUUCCCGCUCUUAGUACGGGAUAUAUGCAUUCACAUGCGGAUUUAUACUUAAUACGAGCAUUGUUGUUUCAUGUUCGUAUUUUUGAGCUCGAGACGGGAUGUUAAAACUGGCGAAGCUAUGAUUUAUUAU